UUUGCGUGAUAGGAAGAUGGCGCACCGCCGGCGCCAGCGCCAGCUCGAGAAGCGGACGUACGCCGAGACGCGCGCGCGCGCGAGCUUGCAGCUGCUCGCGAAAGGCUCUCUCUGGCAGGCAGUGAGCGCCAAGCAGAACGUAAGUCUCUCCAAGACAACCGCCGAGUACAAGGCCGCGCGCGCCGUCACCAAGAUCCACGCGCGCCUCCCGCACGCAAUCAAGAUGCUCUUCCAGGCCGCCGAGUCGACGCCAGCCUUCCAGACGUGGGCGCGCGCGGUUUAUCCCGACACGUACCUUGACGCAGCGAUUGUCGAGCACCUCUACGACGAGACCGACGUGCCGUUCGAGAAGCGCGCGACGACCAAGUGGUUUGCGUUGGCCUCUCCCAAGUCCAAGCUCCUUCGCGGCCACGACUACUACGUCGUCGAGUGGAUUGGCGUCGAGUCGGAUGCCCACGGCCGCUUCGUCGCCUGCUACCUCUUCCAGGAGUCUCUCGCCGACAUGGCAGCGAUCGGCCGCGACGUUGGCUGCGACCGCGCUCACAUUGACGCGCUCAUUGUCAAGCUCGAGCGCGCCGACGACCAGUCGCUUCUGUGCUCGCUGGCCUUCCAGAUCGUGCCGUCCUCGACUUCGAGCCUCCCCUUUACGCGCCCGGCGGCUCUCGACAUGGCGUAUCGACUCGCCAAAGGCCU